AUGUCAAUUUCCGCAAUCCCGCCUUCUGCUUGUACAAAUGCGUCAAUCCCUAUUCCAGUACUUUCUGGCGCUGAGAUUCUCAAUCUGAGUGCUGUUCCUGUUCUGAAUUAUACUGCAUCUGCUUCAGAAAAUUACACUCACAACCAUCCCACCAUUGAAGCAGAGAAUAUCGAUUUUUGCAACAUUACAAUUACAUAUACCCACCCUGGCCAGCAAGACAAUCUAAGCAUUGAAACUUGGCUUCCCUUGAACAACUGGAACGGUCGAAUCCAGUCUGUAGGUGGCGGGGGCUGGGUUGCAGGUCGCUUUUUUAUCUCAUACCAGGCAAUGAAUGGUGCUAUCGCCGAACGCUAUGUUACGUCCAGCAUUGACGCUGGGCUCAAAGACAAGUCUGGACAGACGGCUUUUGUGCCUGAUGAGUGGGCUAUGGUCUCCGAAGGCAAUGUAAAUCUAUAUAACCUACAGAACUUUGGCUCGGUAUCUCUUAAUGAUCAGGCCAUCAUUGUCAAGGCCCUUACCAAGGACUUCUAUGGCCGUCCUCACGACUAUGCGUACUGGAGCGGCUGCUCACAAGGUGGAAGGCAAGGCCUGACGCUGGCGCAAAAGUACCCUGAUGCAUAUGACGGCAUUGCGGCCGCAGCACCCGCAAUCUAUAUGCCUCAACUUUGCAUGGCAAAUUUAUGGUCACAAGUCGUCAUGAAGGAACGCGGAGAAUACCCCUCACGAUGCGAAUUCGAAUACAUACAAGCCGCCGCUAUCGAAGCUUGCGAUCCACUCGAUGGUUGCAUUGACAAUCUUGUCUCAAAUGAAUCUGCUUGUCAAUUUGACCCAAUGACAGUAGUGGGACAUCCUCUCAAUUGCUCUGAAACCGGCAAUAUGACUGUGGUAAGUGAGACCGCUGCCAUCGUGGCUGCGGCUGCCUGGGAAGGCCCUCGCACACCAGAAGGAGGUUUUUUGUGGCACGGAUUCAACAAGGAUAUACAACUUUCCGGAGAUGCCUCAGGAGCACAAACAGCGGAUCUAGGUGUUGCUCAGACACUCUGCCACAACGGAACUUGCAGUGGAGUACCUAAUGGGCUCGGUGAUAAGUUGGUUACGUUCUUUCUUGAAAAGAAUUCAUCUGCAACUUGGCAAAAUGUUACAACUGAGAACUUUGCCAAAUAUUUCAAGGAAGCAGUGAGGGACUUUGGCCCAUUUCUGGGGUCUUCUGAUGCAGACUUAUCCGAGUUCCGCGCUGCUGGUGGAAAGAUGAUUACAUAUCAUGGCAUGGCUGAUAAUCUCAUUCCGAUCAAGCAGAGUUACCAGUACUACGAUGAUGUUCUGAAGAAUGAUCCUAAUGUGGCGGAUUUCUAUCGCCUUUUUGAAGUACCAGGCCUUGCUCACUGCUCUGGCGGCAAUGGUGGCCAACCUACCGCCACUUGGGCUGCACUUGUUGCUUGGGUAGAAAAUGGAAAGUCGCCGAGUACACUGCCUAUCAUUGUCAAGGACGAGAAUGGGAAGGUUUCUGAGCGACAACUCCGCCCAUACUCUAAGAAGACUUCAUGGACUUGGCCUCCAGUUGCAUGCUAUUAUCAAGGUUGGAAUUUGGUAGAAACUAUCCUGGAACUACCAGAAGAAGGGGACUACAUAUUAUCAGCAUGGAUCCUUGACGAAUUAGGCGUCAACGUUGGUAGCGCUACGGAUUAUCUCUCUAUCGAUGCCAGUAUUCCUGUGCCCCGCGUCUUCUUGGCAGACUUAAACGAACACUCGGACGAUACUGUGGGGGGCACGAACUCGGUUACUUACAACUUUUCGUAUGCGCAAAGGAUUGCUCGCCUAAACGUUGUAGGCUACACAGUCAAUGACUUCAACAUCACUCAAGAACGAUGGAGCCAAACACUUGAAAUCAUCAAAUCUAUAAGUACAGAAGGCGAAUUUGUUGUCUUCCCUGGCACUAAGUGGUGCAGCAACUCAGCAGCAGGAGGCGAUCACAAUGUCGUGUUUCUCGAUGACCCGCAUACUACACCACCCAAGUUUCCCUUUGGUAAGCAUGGAAAUGUUGUCCGAAGCUUUGAGUGGAAUGAGCAUGGCCCUGCUGCAUGGCCACUGGAUAAACUGUACGCUACUUACGCUCACAACCCGGAAAGACAUCUUCUGCUCCCUCAUGUUGGUGGUCGUAGGUGCAAUCUCGCCUGGCACCACCUGAAACUCGAACGUCUUCUGGAGAUUAGCAGUGAGUGGGGGUUAUUUGAGUGGUUACUCCGUGAUGUAGUUCAGAGAGGAAGGAAACUUGGAGUGUCUGCAAAUUUAGAUGAGCAUCGGGGUCGCUGUGGAGGUGGUGUCCCUGGAACAGCUGUCUUUGACACAAAAAGUGGCCUAACCGGUGUUCUUUCUGAUACGCCUGGAAGGGCUGAGAUAGCAACCGCGCUCCGAACUCAACGGACUUUUGCUACUACAGGUGAACGACUGGUAGGACUUGUGAGCACUGAAGACGGGCAGCUGCAAGGCGACGAUGUCAAGGCCACGGGCGAAGGACCUUUAACACUCAAGUACCAAUUUUUCGGUAGAGAUGGUUUCUCCACUAUCGAAGCUUGGGAUGCUAGUGGAUCGACAAUGCAGCGGGACCUUGAAAAAGAAGUUUAA